AUGAAAGGGGUCUUUAUAAGUAAAAGUGCUAGAGGUUCUGGUUCGAGUUCUAUGUCACCUCCUUCGAAAGGCAAUCAAUGGGACAAAGGAAAAGGUGUUAUAGUGACUCUUUCAGAAGAAGAAAAGAAAAAGAAACAAGCCUUGGUUAUCGAGAGGCAAAGGCAAAUCAACAACAUAUUGAGGGUUUUAAGUAAUGUGGAUGUUAUGAAGCUUCCAGAGAAAAAUCAGGAUGAUUUUCUUAUUGGCGUUGCUCAUAUCAAGGUGUUCAUUGAUAACUAUUAUGAUUUCCUUGCAAUCACUGAUAUUGAGCUGGCAAUAGCUAUUAACAAGACCUCAAAAGUUCCUCAAUCUUUGUUGAAGGGGAAGAUUUGA